AUGCGAAAACGAAGCCACAUGAGGCCAUGUGUCACCGACAAAUCAGAGAGUCAAGCAGGUUCUACUGAGUGUGAGAGUGACGACGCCAAUAGUGACGACGCCAGUACUGAAGGAGAGUGGACUAACCCCACGUUUGGGGGACAAUCCCUGUACAGCACGAUUUUUCCGGAUUUUAUGGAAAAAGAGAAAACCUUCUGCCCUUCAAGUCCUGCCUCCUGGCACCUAGGCACGUGUCUCAGGACUACCACCGCCCCAACAGUCGUCAAGAAUAUGUCUCACCUCUCUUCUCACAAUGACGAUGAAUUCUGA